AUGCAACACGCGCCUCCGCCUGCAAACACGGCCUCCGCCGGCGGCUCCGGCGACGCUCCGCCGGGAAGCAGCGACGCCGGCGGGAAAAAGGCGAGGCACCUGGUGGCGGAGAACGCAGUGGUGGUGUUCGCGAGGGAGGACUGCUGCAUGUGCCACGUCAUCAAGCUUCUUCUUCACGGCCACGGCGUGAAUCCGGCCAUCCGCCACGUCAGCGACCGGGACGAGACGGACGUGACGAGGGAGCUGUCCCGUUACCUCCGGCGCAGGGGCGGCGCCGCCCUGCUGCAGUUUCCGGCGGUGUUCGUCGGAGGGGAGUUGUUCGGGGGUCUGGACGAGGUCAUGGGGGCCCACAUUUCCGGCGAGCUCGUGCCCAAAUUGAAGGCCGCUAAGGCUUUGUGGCUUUAA